ACUUGGACCAGUUAUUACCCUCGAUGGCUAAGAAAUUCCGUGGACAAAAUAGAUUUGUUCACCGAUCCUGAAAAUACUCAAAUUGCUUAAAAGACUCUGAAGAAACUGCAAAAAUACUCCAUUCAUGAAUUCGGAAGCCAGAGACUUGGAAUUUAGAAAGGGCGAUGUAGAAAGACCCCACUUUGAGGCAGUUACAACGUUGUCCGACUCCCAGGCGAUACGGAGUGUUGACUUUCAUCCAAAUGGAAAGUUGUACGCAGUGGGCUCCAACUCCAAGACAUUCCGCAUCUGCCAAUAUCCCCAACUGAACAAGAUAAGAAAUGGCCAGCAAACGACCGCCUACCCUCCGUCAGUGCUCUGCAAGCGGACAAAGCACCAUAGAGGCUCCAUAUACUGUACUUGCUGGUCCCGGGAUGGAGAACUUAUUGCCACCGGAUCGAAUGACAAAACCAUAAAAUACAUGAGAUUCAACAAUGAGACCAACCAGCUGGUGGGCCACGAAAUGGAGCUCAACAUGCACGAUGGCACUGUGCGGGAUAUGUGCUUCCUGGACGACUCGUCCACCAAGUCCCGGCUUUUGGCCAGUGGCGGUGCCGGAGACUGCAAAAUCUAUAUAACAGACUGCGGAACUGCCACUCCCUUUCAGGCCUUCAGUGGGCACACUGGCCAUAUAUUGUCCCUAUAUAGCUGGAAUAAUUCAAUGUUUGUUUCCGGAUCUCAGGAUCAAACGAUACGCUUUUGGGAUCUGCGUGUCAAUGUUUCGGUCAACACCUUGGAUCAUGAGCGCAAAGACGGAGGCUUGGAGAACUCGGCGGUGACUGCAGUCUGUGUGGAUCCAACGGGCAGGCUUUUAGUUUCAGGACAUGCAGAUAGCUCCUGCACUUUGUACGACAUACGAGGCAAUCGCCCCAUACAACGAUUUUAUCCUCAUACAGCGGAAAUAAGAUGCGUCCGCUUUUCCCCAUCCGCCUACUACAUGCUAACUUGCAGCUACGACAACACCAUCAAACUGACGGAUCUCCAAGGUGAUCUGGCCAAUGAGCUAUCCUCGGUGGUGGUGGCAGAGCACAAGGACAAGGCCAUCACCAUCCGAUGGCAUCCAACUGACUUCUCAUUCAUCUCCACGUCGGCGGAUAAAACGGCCACAUUGUGGUCCUUACCUCCAUCAUAAAAUGGCCAAAUCAUUUCCCAUACAGAACGGCUUUAAUUUCGUUGUCAAGAUUAUUGUAUUUCUUACAUGCUGAAUAGACCAACCAACGGGAGUUGAUCAGACUGAUCUAAUUUAUUAAAUAAAUCGCAACUGAAAUACAUU